CACAGCGAUGGAGAAGCGCUAAACCCUCUCAGUCUCGGUACUGCGGGAUAAAUAUCACAUAUUUUCUCUCUUUUCUGAGAACUAGAGCAGUGACGAAAUCGUGCGACGAGAUUAAAAACCAACCCGAUUAUAAAAACCAUGAAAGUCGGCCGUUAUCGCAGCUGCAGCAGCGCUCCGACGGACGGCUAUUAACAGUCUGGUUAUUGACAGAAGAUGAGCUCCCAGCAGUUUCCCAGAGCGCCGUUGCCACCUUCAGGUGUCGCCCAAGGCCCUGCACCAACUGGCAAAAAUAGCCUCAUGCAAGGAAGCCAACCAGGUGGUGAAGAAGGUAACAGAGAGGCAGAUCAUCCUCAGGACCCUCUGCCCACUGGCAGUGCUGGUGGAGGGGCUUUACCAUUCCGUGAAGAGAAGCAAGAGACUGUAGUGGUCAGGCCCUAUCCUCAAGUGCAGGCUUUGGGCCCGCCUUCAGCCUUGCCCCAGCAUGUGCCUAUCCAGCCCAGCCCCACAGUCACUGUGGCUGCUCCACCAGCCCACUUAGCCCAGCCCCAGCAGCCUGCCUUCACCGAGGGAGCUGUGAAGGCUGGCCUGAAGCCCCCUGUGCCCAGUCGACUUAUUGCCCCUGCUCCAGCUGCUAGUCAAGGGCACAUUCAGGGACCAGCAAAGGUACCUGGACAUAUUACUGUUACCCUGGAGAGCAGUAUGGCUCCAGCCUCCAUCCCUGUGGCUACCAUCAGUGGUCAGCAGGGUCAAAGUAACCUUCACCACCACCACCACCACCUCAUGGCUACCAACGUACAGAUCAUCAGGAGCAGUACCCCUGCACUGCAAAUUGGAUCUCCAGCUGCUCCCCCUCACACAUUCACCUCCCACCUGCCCCGAGGCGCAGCUGCUGCAGCUGUCAUGUCGAGCACCAAAGGCCCUACUGUUCUGAGACCUGCAUGUGGAGCUAAUGCAGGCCCAGGCCAGCCCACAGCUGUACAGCACAUCAUCCACCAGUCUAUUCAGUCUCGACCUACAGCGACCACAUCCACUGCUGUCCUGCCCACUGUGGUCGCCCCUAUUUCAGCAGCUAGAACCCAGUCCCCAGUCAUCAGCCCUCCAGUUACCCAUGCAGCAGAGAUGGUACAUGGGCGAGCUGGCCUUACCAUCCACCCUCCCUCUGCCACCAUUAGUAUCCAACGGCCUCAAACUCCAAGAGACCCACCCACACGCAUCACACUGCCCUCACAUCCUGCCAUGGGUGCCCAGAAAGCCCAGCCUCCUCACACUAUGACACAGAAGCCCAUUUUCAGCACUGUGACUCCUGUUGCUGCAGCAACCGUUGCCCCCAUCCUAGCUACUAACACUGUCCCAUCGACUACCACAACAGGCUCUGCACCCCACAGCCAGAUGACCAGCAGUACCAUUGUCACUAUGACAGUGGCCUCCCACUCCUCUCAUGCCACAGCUGUGACCAGCUCUGCUAUUCCUGUUGCUAAAGUGGUCCCUCAGCCCAUUGCCCACACUUCCCCUCGGAUUCAGCCGGAGUACUCUGGAGAGAGGACCAACCUGAUCCCCAUCUCUGGCCACCGCUCCUCACCAAACCCUGUUGCCAUGGAGGCCCGUAAUGACAACAGGCCAUCCGUGCCAGUUCAGUUCCAGUACUUUUUACCCACUUACCCCUCAUCUGCUUACCCACUGACACACACCUACACCCCCAUUACCAGCUCUGUGUCCACCAUUCGCCCCUACCCAGUCACAGCACAGACUCCGACUUCAGCUCUUCCUGCCCAGGCUGGUGUGGGUGUGGCCACCACUGUGCAUUUGAACCCCAUGCAGCUGAUGGCUGUGGAUCGCAUCGGACUGCAGUCUGCACAGAUUAGCACCCAGAAUAUCCAACCAGCUUCCAUGACUGCCCAGGGUAUUCAGCCUGCCCCAAUUGGAGUGCAAGGCCUGCAUGCCACCACACCAAUUAGCACACAGGGCAUCCAGCAGGCACCCGUUGUUGCACAGCAGCCACAGCCAGAAGCAAAACCGUCAGCAGGUGUAGUUCUGGCUGAGAGCACUGCAUUUGUGACCAACCCCAUCGGAAGCACAUUCAGCGCUACGCAGCCUGUUACCACUGUUGUUCAGACGCAUCCUCAAGGGGCAGGUUCAGGUGCACCUACGCUAGUCUCCUCCCCAAGACCAAGCAUCCUCCGUAAGAAGCCUGUGAAUGAGGGGGCUGUGCGUAAAAGUCUCAUCCCAGCGCAGCCGAACGAGUCUAAUUCUGGGAGAAUGGAUAGUGGCGUAAGACUGGCGGGAUCCCCACGACCAGCAGGAGUGAAGCCUAAAGCUGAUGUCCAUGUCGCCAUGACUCCUCCUGUAAUGGCUGCAGUGGAGGCACUGCCCACUCAUGGAGGCGAACAGCCCCUACCAACUCCUGCCCAGCACUUAUCGCAGGCCAUUCCAACUCUACUGGCCCCUGUUCCACCACCCCCCUCCCAGCCAGCUGCAGUUCUGUCUGCCCUGCCUGCAGCUAUGGCUGUCACUCCUCCUGUGCCUGCGUCCAUGGCCAAUGCUGUUGCAUCCCCUACUCAGCCAGCAGCCAGUAGCACAGCAGCCCUUAGCUCUGCUCUCUCAGAAAUCAAAGUCAAGCAGGAGGCGGAGUCUAUGGAAACAUCACAGCCAGCACUCUCCAUCCCCUCAUCAACUGCCCCAGCUUCAGGUUUCUCCUCCCAGGCCUCGGGCCUCACUGUGCCCUCUCAGCCUGGGGACCUCCUGCCUGGGGCCUCCCCACGGAAGAAGCCCCGCAAGCAGCAGCAUGUUAUCUCCACAGAGGAGAGCGAGAUGAUGGAGACAAACAGCACGGAUGAGGAGAGGGCCAGCGGCAGACCCACUGGCAACAAGGCAGAAAGACAAGAGUCGCCUCCCAGGGAAUAUGUGGAUGAAGAGGGUGUGCGCUAUGUGCCAGUUCGCCCAAGGCCACCCAUCACACUCCUACGCCACUAUCGUAACCCAUGGAAAGCUGCCUACCACCAUUUCCAGAGGUACAGCGACAUCAGAGUUAAAGAGGAGAAGAAGAAUUCUCUCCAAGAUGUGGCCAAUCAGAGAGGAGUUGCGUGUCGUGCUCAGGGAUGGAAGGUGCAUUUGUGUGCUGCCCAGCUCAUGCAGUUGAGCAAUCUGGAGCAUGAUGUGUACAGUCGCCUCACUACUCUGCAGGAAGGGCUCAUCCCAAAGAAAAGAGCAGGAGCUGAUGAUGACCUGCACCGUAUUAAUGAACUAAUUCAGGGUAACAUGCAGCGCUGCAAGCUGGUGAUGGAUCAGGUGACGGAGGCAAGGGACACUAUGAUGAAAGUGCUGGACCAUAAAGACAGAGUUCUCAAGCUGCUCAACAAAAACGGCACUGCCAAGAAGAGCUCCAAGUUAAGGCGUAAAGAGAGGACCUAGAUGUGACAGGAGCUCUCUCCCACUUCCUUUCUCUCUCUCUCUCUCUCUGUUUAUGCACCAGUAAGGUCAAACGGAAAUAUUUGGUCUGGUAUUUGGACCGGUCAUUUUUUUUUUUUUUUUUUUUUUUUUUUUUUUUCCCUCUCCAGGUUGCUGUGCACAAUCACCCAGGCUGUCACCUCAUUUAUAUUCUUUUGAGCAGAGAAACAGGUUCUAAACCCUUUGCCUCUCUAAGACCACAAACUGAACUCACAGGAACUGCUGCUUACUGAAGACUAAUGUCUGCUUAUGUGGGUUUUAAACAACCCAGUUAGCCUGGCUCAUGUUUUUGGUUCAUUUUUCCCCCUUUUGGUUUGGAUUUUAAAGUGUUAAAUUGCCUUACAUUGUCAUGUUGUAGUUGUAGUGGAGUAGUCACACACACAAUUUGUUGAUCCAUCAUGUCAAGAAAUGAAAAUCACUGGAGUUAAAAACUGUACUUUUCACUUUAAAAUGUGACAAGCCAACUGAAGAGGAAGUAUGUGCAGGUAUGAAUCUUGGUAUGCAGCACACAAACACGCUAGAUCAGUGUGUAUACAGUCCAAGUUUCAGUGCCUUCUGUCAUGAGUGUAACUGUGGAAUUUCUGUGUUUGCAUUCAACACUCCUGGGGAAGCAAACAAGUUUAAGCUCUGUUUGGGGAAAUAUCCCCAGAUCAGCCCAGAUUUUUAUUUUGGCAGUAAACUGUAGCCCUGCAAACAUCCUUUCUGUACGUUUUUUUUUUUUUCUUCACUUAGUAGGCUGGUAGUAUUCAGAUGUGCUGGAGAACAGCUGGUGAUGAUACAUAAGGAGGUCGCGUUUGUACUUGAAAGAGAACAUUAUAAUUGUGUAACGAGAAUGUGGAUUGCUUUAUGUUUCAGCCUCAGAAUAAGAUUGUUGUGUAAAUGUGAUUGACUUGCUGUUGACCGUAAGUCCUUUUUUGUGUUCUCCGAGACCAUUUUCGUGCCCUGUUAAUGUGGCUCUUCUUUUACAGGUUGAUUGUAAGUGAAUGUCGUGGUAAACUGGGUUUAAGGAAUAAUUUUGACUCUUUUGUACAUUGUUUUUCUUUUUGUUUUCUGUAUACUAUUAUGUGCUAUUGCAGUAAAAGAAAAAUAUAGUG